AUGUGGGCGACUUUGCUUCUAUUGGCCUUAACGUCGGCUGUGGUUACAGCCAUACCUGCUCCAGAAGGGAGGAUAGUUGGUGGUACGGUUACCACAAUUGGACAAUGGCCCAUGGGCGUGUCAAUGUUGUUGUCGAGAUCUGGAUUGUCAUUCCAACAGGCCUGCGGAGGUUCUGUACUCAACAAUCAAAAUGUUCUUUCGGCAGCCCAUUGCUUUGCAGGUAAUUCGCCGAGUAACUGGCGUAUGCGGGUCGGUUCCACUAACGCCAACAGUGGCGGGGUUGUCCACAACACAGCCAGGAUUCUUAAUCAUCCCAACUACAACGCCCGCACGACAGACUUCGACAUCGCUAUUAUGCGCACAUCCACCAGAAUAACAUUUAAUACUAAUGUUAGAGCUGGAGCAAUUGCUGGAACAAACUACAACCUUCCCGAUGGGUCAGUUGUGUGGGCUAUCGGUUGGGGAACCACCUCGUCCGGGGGUAGACCUUCCGAACAGCUUCGUCAGGUACAAAUUUGGACCGUUAACCAAGCGACCUGCAGGCAACGCUAUGCUGCUAGAGGCCGUACCAUCACGGACAACAUGCUGUGCUCGGGGUGGCUGGACGUUGGAGGUCGUGACCAGUGCCAGGGUGAUUCCGGAGGCCCUCUCCUACACAAUAACGUGAUCGUCGGUGUUUGUUCGUGGGGAAAUGGAUGUGCCCAACCUCGUUACCCUGGUGUCAACGCUCGCGUUUCCCGCUUCACUAACUGGAUCCGUGCAAAUUCAUAA